AUGAAGAGUAUAAAGAGGGAACGCAAAACCGUGGAGAAGCAUUUUCUCAGGACCGACGAGGGCAUCACCUAUGUGCAGAACGACGAAUUUGAAAAAUCGGCACCGCAUGCCACGAGAACUCACCUCCUCGUUGCCCUGGACUCUUUUGACAUUCCUGCUUCCCAUGUCAGCAGUUCUGACAUGUCAAGCGUAGACCAGGGGUCAGAUACCCUAUGCCCGGGUCGUGGUAGCAGCCUAGAGGCAGCCAGAACGAACGCGAGAAAGCAGACGCCCACUUGUUUGCGCCUUGUUAACAGACUCCUAUGUAUAGAGCUGUCUCGCAUUUGUGAUUGCGAUGUGGAAAGUGACCACAGUGCACCCUUUGAGGUCUUGCUUUUGGCUGAGGAGAAGAUCCGCAAAGCUUAUGCCGAAAAGGAGACCGAGUUCGCAGAGAUACGAAGCCGCUUUACCGGCCACCUGGCAGUGCUCCGAACAGAAUUCUAUGAGCUUGCCGGUUUCAGCGUCGCCGUCGAUAACCUGGAUGAGGAAUCAAGGAUCGAUUCCAUAAGUCGUGCUAGGAUUACGCUGGACGGCUUUCGGGCCUUGAUGGUCCUUUUUGACACGAACUUACGCGGUUUUUCUGAGACGGCGAAACGAGUUCAGCACGAUAGGACAGCCCCCAGCCGCGACGCUGUACCUGUGCCUGAGUUGCCCUUCUCUCAUCUUUACUACCUCUUUGGUCCUGGCGAUACGAUAGUGCGGCUAAACCCCUAUCCCCAGGCCUAUCGCGUUACUCGGGUGUAUGGAGGCAGCACUACCAGCCCACUGUCUGGUCCCAAAACUCGCAUCCGACGGAAAAUCGCAGACCUGGUUGUCAUGUGCUUCCAUCUAGAUUAUGAUGGCAAGGAGUUCGGUCCUGUGCACACGGACUUCAAAAUUCGGCCGUACAUUGGUGCCCAAGCUGUUGUCAGCCUUUGCGUUUUCCCGCUGUUUUAUGCCUCCCGGGGCCUUCCGAGCUGUCUCCUGGAACGCGGUAGAAAGAUGCAUUCGUUGCACAAAACUAGCCACAAGACAUACAAGGGACUUAGUCUCAAACAGGGCGAGAAGUUCGAUUCCUUCGAAGAGAUCGACAGCGACGUCAUCGUCGACUUUCAGCUGGCCUACCAGAACAGCGAGCCAAAAAUUGAUACGCCCCAGUUCGAAGAAUUUCCCACGUAUCCAGAGGACGAGGCACGUAGGCGCCAGCAGAUUUCUGACGACGAGGUAGAUAUAAUGGUGCGGUUCCCAGUUCCCAUAGAACGGCAAUCAUAUGAGGAGAACAACUUUGGGGAUCGGCGCUGGAUCGAGUUCAGAAACCGCAUAGCUCAUCUCGCCGAGAAGCGCUUGCCUGGGACUCUCGACGAUGAUUGUCUUCUGCUUCUGCCAGGCAGAGUGUAUGGAUACGUAUUGCUUAAUCGCAAGUGGUUGCCUCUGGACGUGAAUCUCAUUGGGGAUGUCGUGAAGAUACGUCAAGGCGAGAACGACGGUUUCCAGAAGCUCAUCCUGCCACGUGGCCACAAGAACAUUGUUCGUGCCCUGGUCAGUACGCAUGCUGCCCGACAGGCAGCUGCCCAUGGCAGGUCCGGCUCGGACCCUUCCGGACACGACUUCGAUGUGGUCAAGGGCAAAGGCAAGGGCGUCGUCAUUCUGUUGCACGGGGCUCCGGGCGUUGGAAAGACAUCGACGGCCGAGUGCGUUGCACAAACGGUCGGCUGUCCACUUCUGCCCAUCACCUGCGGCGACCUCGGGGCGACGACGGCCGGCGAGGUGGAGAAGAAUCUCGAGUCAUUCUUUGAGCUCGCCCGGAAGUGGGGAUGCGUCCUGCUUCUUGACGAGGCUGACGUCUUUCUUGCUGCACGGGAAAAAGGUGAUAUCCGGCAGACUAGUCUUGUGUCUGCUUCCUUCAGCCUAACUCCUGCAGUCUUCCUCCGCGUCAUGGAAUAUUACCCAGGCAUCCUGAUCCUGACGACCAACCGGGUCGGCUCGUUCGACGAGGCUAUCAAGUCGCGUGUCCACUGCGCGCUGUACUAUCCUCCCCUGACCGAAGACCAGAGCCUGAAGAUCUGGAAAAUGAAUCUCGACAAGCUCGAAAAGAAUAAUUCGAGCUCCGAUCCGGCCUUGAAGGUGCGUUUCAGCCGCAAGGAGAUCGAGAAGUUUGCCCAAAAACAUUGGGACACCAGCGAUGAAGGCACCCGGUGGAACGGCCGGCAGAUCAGGAACGCAUUCCAGACAGCCGUAGCAUUGGCUGAGUGGGACCACCUCCAAGAGUCACCUGGCGGAAUUCGGCAUCCCGACGGACCCCAGCUCAACAAGUCCCAUUUCAGAACUGUCGCCAAGGCUAGCCGCCAUUUCGACGACUACCUCACCAGGGUGCGCGGUACAGACGAGCAUUGGGUCAGGACUCACCAGACUCGCUUUGACGGUUUUCCUGCAUCGGAAGACUUGCGGACAGAAACGGCAAGGAAGACAAACAAGCCGGACAAGCCCAAACCAAAGUCCAAGGCUAAAUCCAGAUCGAAGUACACGUCAAAAUCUAGCAACAGGCGCCCACCUUCAAACUCGCCAGAUAUGAGCUCCGACAGCAGUGAAGAUGAGGACAGUGGGGUCGACGACAAAGCUGAUGACAGCGUGGAGAGUGAAAGCGAGAGCGAGAGCGAGAGCGAGAGCGAGAGCGAGAGCAACAGUGAGGAGCCCACGCCUCCACCGACCAAGGGCAAGAAGAAGAAGAAAGACACAAAGAAGAAGAGCCGGGGAGAGUAA